AGUGUGUGUGUCGGACUGGGGACAGGGAGAGGGGGAGGGGGAGUGAGACAUAUGGUAGGGGCUGCCCUCAUCACAUUUCUCUGUCUGUGGCCCGGUCGGUUCGAAGGGAUCUGUUUAACCGCUGUUGAGGAGACGGUUCAAAUCCAAGGCAAUAAAGGUCGGAAAUUAGGAGAAGCCGGGAAUCUCGCAAGCCCAUCCCUUCAAAAUGGCCGUCUCCUCACGUCGUGCACUAUGGGAACAAAAGAUCAAGGAAGAAGAACGGCCGCCUCCUCCCCCGGCCCCUCCCCCGCUCUCGCCCGUGGCCCCCGCGGGCUUUAUCAAGCAGCUCGUGCGGGAAACGGAGAAGGAAGCCAGGCUGCCGAAGCACCGAGCCAAGGAGCAGAGACCGAGCCAGCACCCUCCGGGUAAAUUGGAUGACGGUACGAUUCAAUAUUUCUUACAGCUGACACAGAAUGCCAACCCGCCGGUAGAGAGAGAGGAAGAGAUGGCCAGCAGAGAGCCAUCGCUUCUGGUCAAUGGUCACGGUGAAGCCGGGCUGGAGACGGACGCCAGAGUCCGGGGGAAGCCGGGGAAAGUGACCAGGCAGCCGCGAGUGGGGCAGGGAAUGUCUUUGCCUGUAGAUCAGGGCCCGGAUUCCGUCAGUGUGGAUCUCGCUCCACGUGAAGGCACUUCCUACAAAUCUGCAGCCAAUGUGGUUGCUGUAGAAACGCUGCUCGGAGCUGAGCAGCCCGGCGGAGACGGGGAGACGGAGAGGGAUGGUGGCAAGUCGCCGGUGGAGUUGGACUUGGAGUUGGAGGGUGGGGAGGGGCAGGAGUCCGGUAUUCCACCCGUCGAGGGGCUCAGAGCAGAGGAACAAGUGAUGCAGACACAGGACAAGUGUGAGGAAGGUCUAGAGAAGGAACUGGAGGUGGGAGAGGAUGUUUGGUACGAGAGUGACAAGGUCUGGUACGUGCACAAAGAAGGCUUUACGUUAGCCACGGAGCUAAAGCCAGACGUGGGGACCCCCGAGCUCCCUGUGGGUCAAGUUCGGGUCCGUGUAGAGAGCAACGGCACGAUCAUAGACACAGAUCAGGAACACGUGCACAGAACAAACCCCCUGAAGCUGGACUACGCCGAGGAUCUCUCUCAGCUGCUCAGCCUGAACGAGUGCAGUGUCCUCCAUGUCCUGCACCAACGCUAUAGCUCCCAGCUCGCCCACACCAAGGCCGGAGGUCAACUGAUCAUCACCAACCCAGCCCGGCCGGUCACUGGCUACUCAGCCAAGAUCUUCAGGGGGAAGAAGGAGAACAUGCCUCCUCACGUGUUUGGCAUGGCUCAGAGGGCGUAUUGGAACAUGCUAAUGCACCGUAAGGACCAGACCAUCGUGCCGCUGGGUCAGAGCGGAGCGGGCAAGACCACCAGCUGCCAGCAGGUCCUGGAGUAUCUAGUGGAGGUGGCGGGCAGUGUGGGCUCCGCAGUCACAGUGGAGAAGAUACAGGCUGUGUUCACCAUUCUCAAGGCCUUUGGCUCGGUUCCCACCACCAACAACAGCAGCACCACUCGCUUCUCAAUGGUGGCCUCGCUGGACUUCAACCAGGCCGGCCGUGUGUCCUCUGCCCAACUCCAGACCAUGUUACUGGAACGCGUUCGUGUCGCUCAGCAUCCAGAAGGCGAGGGCACAUUUGACAUCUUCUCCCAGAUGUUGGCAGGAUUAGACCUUUCAUUAAGGACUGAGCUGCAUCUCCACCAGUUGGCGCAGACCCACAUGUUCGGGAUUCUACCGGCCACAAAGGUGGAGGAGAAGCAGAGGGCUUCGCUGGGGUUCAGCAGGGUCCAGGCAGCGCUGGAGACACUGGGAGUCACGGCAGAUGAGCAAAGGGCCAUUUGGCACGUGCUGGCAUCCAUUUACCAUCUGGGAGCAGCCGGUGUUUGCAAAGUGGGCAGGAAGCAGUUUAUGAUGUUCGAGUGGGCUCAGAAGGCGGCGAGCAACCUGGGGUACGAGCUGGAGGAACUCUCGACAGCCGUCUUCAAACACCACCUCAAGGCUCUGAUCCAGCAAGUCACGGCCGGGGCGACGAGGCUGAGGGCGGAGGAGAUGGAGGAGACCGGCACAGGCCUGCGACUGACCGGUUCGGAGUGUGUAGAAGGGAUGGCAGCCGGACUCUAUGAGGAACUCUUUGCUGCUAUCGUCUCGCUCAUCAACAGGUCAGUGUCCUCCACCCAGGUGUCGCUGACGUCAAUUAUGGUGGUGGACACACCCGGCUUCCACAACCCGCGACAUCAGAAUACGGAACGAGCGGCGACGUUUGAGGAGCUUUGCCACAAUUACGUGCACGAGAGGUUACAGCUGCUCUUCCACGAGAGGACUUUCGGCUCGGAGCUGGAACGAUACAAAGAGGAGAAGAUCGUGGUGAGCUUUGACCCUCCAGAGACCUCUCCAGCGUCCACGGUGUCCGUCAUAGAUCAAACCUCAUCUCAGUUCACCAUCCAGCCCCCGGGCCAGGCCGAGGAGCCCAGAGGCCUGCUAUGGAUCUUGGAUGAAGAGGUGCUGGUUCAGGGAUCUACAGAUGACAGAGUUCUGGAUAGGCUCUGCUCCUAUUUUGAGUCGAAGGGACUUGACGGAGAAGAGAAGCAGUGCCUGCGGAGGUGUGAGCAGCCUCUGCAGUUGGUGAUCGGCCACCGGCUGGGCGCCGAGCCGGUGAGGUACGAUCUGACCGGGUGGAUCCACAAAGCCAAGCGGAACCCGUCAGUACAGAACGCCAGCCAGAUCCUGCAGGAAUCCAAACUGGAGAUAGUGAAGAAGCUCUUCUUGUGUCGGAGCAAAGUGCCUCUGAUCUGCCACUCGGUGGCUGGGAUGGAAGGGGCGUCUCAGCAGGCGUCUCACCGGGUGGCCUGCGUACGGAAAACCUUCAGCACCAGCUUCGCGGCUCUCAGACUCAAAUCAACCUGCGGCCUCAUCAAACUGCAGCUGGACGCACUCAUGAAUGUGAUCAAACGAUCCGAGAUGCACUUUAUCCACUGCCUGGUGCCCAGUUUGACCGGCGAUGGGUCGGGAGACAGGAAGAGCCCCUGCGCUCCGAGGGCGAGCGACGGAGAACGACCGCCAGCCUCGUUUGAGGUCCCGGUGCUCAGAACUCAACUGCGGGGAUCACAGCUGCUGGACGCACUUCGCCUCUACCGACUGGGGUUUCCCGAUCACAUGAGCUUCAGUGAUUUCCGUCGGCGUUUCCAGGUGCUGAGCCCGGAGAUCGUGAAGAAGUACAGCUCCGUGUUCGUUCCAAUAGAGGAAAGAAAGGCCACGGAGGAACUUCUGUUGCUGCUGGAUUUGGAGAAACAUAGCGUGGCCCUGGGUCAGAGCCAGGUUUUCCUGAAGGCCGGUGUGCUGAGCCGCCUGGACCGGCAGCGAGACCGGCUGGUGAGCGGCAGGGUGACCCUCCUGCAAGCCAUCGGUCACGGUUACCUGGGGCGGCAACGGUUCAAAGCCAUGAAGAUCCAGGGUUUAGCUCUUCGCUGUAUACAGAAGAACUUGAGGAGGUACACAGCGGUUCGACCCUGGGCCUGGUGGCAGCUGUUGGCCUGUGUCCGCCCCAUGCUCAGCAUUAACAUGGCCGACGAGAAACUCCGGGUCAAAGAGGAAGAGGUUAUUGCAUUGCACAAGAGACUGAAGAAAUCAGAGGGCGAGCGGAAUGAGAUCAGGUGGAACACUGACCUGCUGGAGGGCAAGAUCACAGACCUGACCGCAGAGUUGUCGGAUGAGCGUUUUAAGGGAGAGGUGGCGUGCCGGGCGCUGGAGAGCGAGCGAGCCGAGAGACUGAGACUGGUUCGAGAGCUGAAGGAGAUGCAGACUAAGCACGAGCAAGUGGGGAAGAGCUUGAACUCGGUUGAGAAGCAAUUGGAAGAAUCCCAACAACAAAUAGCAAUGAGAGAGAUUCCCUCCGGGGUCAAAGAGCCGGAAUGGCAGGUGCGGUAUGAUUGCACGCUGACGGAGAUCGAGUUCCUGAGGAAACGUAUCCAUGAGUUCGAGGAGAGAAUCAGCUCAGAGAUGGCGCUCAGGAAGGAAGUGGAACAGAAGCUCGGGGACCUGCAGGGCGGUUACGAAAACACGAAGAGGAGCGCUCAGCAGCUGAAGAGGAAAUGCAAGUGCCUGACCUCAGACCUGGAGGACGCCAGAGUGCUGAUGGACAGUCAGCAGAGCCGCAAUCAUGAGCUGGAGAAAAAGCAACGGAAGUUUGACGGGGAGUUGGCUCAGGCUCUUGGCGAGGCGGCCUUUGAGAGGACCUUGCGUGAAAGGUUGUCCCAAGAGAACCAGGCGUUGAGGACGGAGCUCUAUCGGUCCCAGCAACGGAUGCAGGAGAAGGAAUCGGAGGUGGCGGUUCUGACGCAGAGGGCGGGGCGGCUGGAGGUGGAGUUGGGGGAGCUGAGCAUCAGGGAGCCCCAGAGCGCGGAGUCGGUGACGCAGCUCAAGAGGCAGCUCCGACUGCUGGAGGGCACGGCCGAGGAACAGCGGAAGGAGCUCGGGGAGCAAGCGGGAACCAUCCAACAACUGGAGCAGACUCACCUACGGUUUGAGAUCGAGCUCGAGAGGAUGAAGCAGAUUCACCUGAAGGAGCUGGAGGAUAAGGAGGAGGAGCUGGAGGACGUCCGCAAGUCCUGUCAGAGAAGGCUUCGCCAGUUGCAGAUGCAGUUGGAGCAGGAGUUUGAGGAACGGCAGAUGGUCCUUCACGAGAAGCAGGACUUGGAGAGCCUGGUGGGGACCCUGUGUGAGCAGAUAGGUCACCGUGACUUUGACGUGGAGAAGAGGCUGCGUAGGGACCUGAGGAGGACACACGCUCUGUUGGCUGACGCUCAGCUCCUCCUGGGCACGAUGGAUGAUCCGGGGCAGACAGCCAGCAAAGAGGAAGUGAAGACGCUGCAGCUUCAGUUACAGGAACGCGAUUCUCGCUGUUCCCAGGCGGAGGCGUCUCACAAGAUGGUGGUUUUGCAGCUGGAAAAGGUUCACAUUCAGCUGGAAAAUGUUCAGAAAGAUAAAGAAACGGUGGAUCAGCAGCUGUUACAGCUGGAGCACGAGCAAACUGAUCUUCUGAAGCGGAUCGAGGAAGAUCAAGAGGAUCUGAAUGAGCUCAUGAAGAAACAUAAAGAUCUCAUCGCCCAGUCUUCCAAUGACAUCGCCCAGAUCCGAGACUUCCAGGAACGCUUGCACGAAGCCGCGAAAGAUAAGCAACAGUUUCAGGAAAAGCUGCAGAUUGCCCAGCAGAUAGAGUACAUGGAGCACUCCAUGGUGGAGCGUGGGAUUGUCAGCAGGCAGGAAGCCAUCAUCUGUGACCUGGAGAACAAAAUGGAGUUUCAGAGAGGACAACUCAAGAGAUUUGAGACUCUCGUCUUACGGUUGCGUGACAGUGUGAUGAAGAUGGGUGAGGAGCUGGAGGAGGCGGCAGAGGCUGAGGCCAGGGAGAAGGAGAUCUCCGGCCACUGGAAGCUGAGGAUGGAGGAAAUGAAGGUAGAGAUGGACGAUCUGGCAGAGAGGGAGCUGGAGGCUUCGCGACGGCGGCUGGAGCUGGAAGCUCAAGUGGAAUGUCUGGUGACGGUCAAGGAGACUUUACAAGCGGAUCUGGAGACAUCAAUCAAACGGAUCGCAGACUUCCAGGCGGUCCUGGAGGAGGAAUCCAGUGAUGACAGCGACACCGAAACUGAGAGCACACAGCUGCCUCCCAGAGCUGGCUCCGCUAUAAGGGACAGUGACUCCCAGUCCAGCGCAGGAUCCUAUGUGAGCUGUGAGCCAGGCUCUGGCGCGGGUUCAGUGUCACUGACGAGCCGCUCUGUGGGUCGCAGGUCACCAUUCGGAGGCAGUGUGACUGGGAGCCUAUCCAGGCCAUCCACAGCUGACAACACCAGCCUUCACAGCUCCAGGCACGUACGCCUUCAGACAGACUCCCUGAAUUUAGCAGAAAGCUCAUCUCCCCUCGGACUAAAUUUUACAUGCUCUCAGUACCUCAGAGACAGCAAGCAGCACGCGGAGAGCAGGCCUGGCUCUGCACUGAGCCUCAGCCUCAGAAGCCGAGAGUUGGCGAAGGGCGGCGUCCAGGGGAGCAAAGACUCCUCGUCGGCCUGGUCCAGAACCUCGCCUCCGCGAGAGGAUAAGUCCCCGAGCUCCUCCUACGCCCUGUCGGAAUUCCUGGAGGAACUGAGGAGGAAGCGGGUGGCGGAGAGUGAGCCGGGCGGAAUCCGCAGGGAUGAGGGCUCCUUGCGGCCCAUUUACCAGACGGUGGGUCUCUCCUCCCUCGGGAAGCGCUUGGCCGGCAAGGACACGGAUGAGAACUCGCUGGUGGGACUCGAGACCCGGAGUCUGUCGGAGGGCGGAGGGCAGCUGAAAGCAGGGCUGGUGCGCUCCGCCAGUCUCAGGUCACUCCCGAUCAGCUCCGAAGUUGGGGAGCCGACGGGGACGAUGAGGCGGAACCGAUUCGGAUCAUUGGAGACGCUGGCAGAACCUUCCAGGUCAUCUUCAGGUCUCGGUCUAGCUCCCAGCCUUCCCACCAGGGACAUCAGGGGCUCGGUCUCCACCAGGAUGAAUCCCCCAGAAGGUGGCUUGAUAACCCCCUGGAGGAAGAUAUCGAUGAGGUUCUCAGUCAGCCCAUCGUCAUCAGGAGCCAACGUUUCAGCGACCUCCCCGGCGAGGAGGGGUCAGCGGAGAAGACCCCCUGGAAGGUCCCUAGCCUGAGCUAUGAGAGGAGGAAGGAGUCCGAUGUCGACAUCCUUCCCGCCAUCCGCAGACCCUUGGGCAG